GGUUGCUGGUGGUCAGUUUUCCCUCCUCGUUGACGAAGCUAUCCGGCUAAUGCCGAUGUUUACCUACAGAUACUUUCAUCGUUCAACAUUUUUGGACUCCGUAGCUUAGCUAUAGUAGGAGAAAGGCCGAUAAAGAAACCGGACACCCACAGCAACGUUGUUAACGAAGACUUAUGCUGUCCUGCUAGCAGGGCAAGAUGUUCAACAAGUCAUUUGUUACUCCCUUCGGCGGAGGGACGGGGGGGUUUGGCACCUCAUCGACCUUUGGACAGCAAACGGCCUCUCCUCACAUGAACUCUGUGACUGCAGCUGCAGGUUUUGGGACGACGGGAGGCUUUGGGACGUCUGCGUUCGGGACCACCAGCAACGCUGGAGGACUUUUUGGUUCCACACAGAAUAAACCUGGUCUGUUUGGGUCGAGUACAUUCAGCCAGCCGGCCACGCCCUCCACCAACACCGGCUUCGGUUUUGGUGCGGCGAGCGGCACUUCCACCAGCCUGUUCGGCAGCACUGCAACGGGCACCACCGGCGGGCUCUUCUCCCAGCAGAACAAUGCUUUCGGUGCCAACAAACCCACCUCUUUUGGAAAAGUCUCCCUCCCACCGUGUCCUCCAGGCUUUGGGACGAGCACCAGCAGUGGCGGGCUGUUCGGGGCGACCAACACCACCUCCAACCCGUUCGGCGGAACAACCUCCCUGUUUGGAGGCUCUGGGUUCUCCGCCGCACAGCAGCCGGGAACAACCGUCAAAUUCAACCCUCCUACAGGAAGUGACACAAUGGUGAAAGCAGGCGUGACCACGAGCAUCAACACGAAGCACCAGUGCAUCACGGCCAUGAAGGAGUACGAGAACAAAUCCCUGGAGGAGUUGAGGCUGGAGGACUACCAGGCGGGCAGGAAGGGCCCGACCAACCCGAUGGCUGCGGGGACGGGCAGUUUGUUUGGACCGGCCACGGCCACAUCCAGCACCACCACCGGCCUGUUCGGCUCCGCUGCCCCCAACAACACCAGCUUCUCCUUCGGACAGAACAAGAGCACCUUUGGACCUGCAGCGGCCGCCGGCAGUUUCGGUACGACGGCAGGCGGCCUGUUCGGCCAGCAGACCCAGCAGCAAGCGGCCAACAGCCUCUUCAAGCCGUUCGGCCAGGCCACCACAACGCAGAGCACCGGCUUCUCCUUCGGCAACACCAACACUAUGGGGCAGGCCAACACCAGCAGCAUGGGUUUGUUUGGAAACACUGCAGCGGCUCAGCCGGCGGGCGGGUUGUUCGGCGGCAGUCAGACGAGCGCCGCCACCGGCUUUGGGACCGCCACCGGGCUGUUCGGCCAAACCAACACUGGAUUUGGGAACGCCGCCACACAGCAGAGUCUAUUUGGUAGUAAGUCGGCCGGGUUCGGCACCACCACCACCAGCGCCCCGUCCUUUGGCACUGGCACCGGGCUGUUUGGCAACAAGCCCACCCUCACGCUGGGGACCGGAACCAACACCUCCACCUUCGGUUUUGGUGCAAACCCCGCUGCAGGAAGUCUGUUUGGGAACAAGCCAGCCACUGGAGGACUGGGGACUGGACUGGGAACCAGCUUCGGAGCAGCAGUGGGCACAGGACAGCCGUCUCUGUUUGGGAAUAACCAGAACAAACUGGGCACACUGGGAGCGAUGGGAACAUUCGGCGCGACUGGAUUCAACAGCGGGACCAGCAGCCUGGGCUUCGGGGUUCCGCAGCAGCCAGUCGCGCUCACAGAUCCGAGUGCGGCGGCCGCUCAGCAGGCCAUGAUGCAGCAGCAGCUCAGCGGUCUGGCGUACUCGCCGUACGGAGACUCGCCGCUGUUCAGAAACCAGCUGCUGGACCCCAAGAAGAAAGAGGAGCGUCUGAAACCAACCAAUCCGACGGCCCAGAAGGCUCUGACCACUCCCACACACUACAAGCUGACCCCUCGACCUGCCACCAGAGUCCGCCCCAAAGCGCUGACAUCAUCAGGGGCCUCCAAGUCGCAGCUCUUUGAUGGCCUGGAUGACGACGAGCCCUCUCUCACCAACGGAGCCUUCAUCCCCAGAAAGAGCAUCAAGAAACUUGUGCUGAAGAACCUGAACAGCAGUCAGUACAGCAGUCCAAUCAGCAAAGAGACGGACGACCUCGCCUCGCCUUCAGAGUAUCCACAGAACGGACACAGUCACGUGGAGGAGGAGGACUCGAGGGAGGUGCCGGGCCCCAGCGGCCAGGCAGACGACGACCCGGAGGUCACCCAGUUCUACGUCAACCCCAUCGCCAAGCCGAUCCCGCAGGGGCGCACCCAGACCAGCCUGCAGGACACCAUCAGCGACCUCAACAUGCACAAGCCGGCCCGGAACGGACUGGAGCUGAGCAGCGAGGACAUGUCGGGGUCUGUGGGGGAGGAGUCUCUGCAGGAGGAGAGAGGGGAGGAGCAGCAGGAGUCCCAGCAGUCUCCUCACCCAGCAGGCAUCGUUCUGAACCGUGUGGGUUAUUACACCAUCCCUUCCAUGGAGGAUCUGGCCGAGAUGGUGGAUGAAAACGGAGAGUGCGUGGUGGAGAACUUCACUGUCGGCAGGAAAGGCUACGGCUCCAUCUUCUUCCCCGGCGAGGUGAACGUGACGGGACUGAACUUGGACGAGAUCGUCCACUUCAGACGCAAAGAGGUCAUCGUGUACCCGGACGACAAAAACAAGCCGCCAGAGGGGGAGGGGCUUAACAGGCGAGCCGAAGUGACUCUGGACGGCGUUUGGCCGAACGACAAGACGACCUGCACUCAGAUCAGGAGCCCCGAGCGCCUGACUGAGAUGAACUACGAGGGGCGGCUGGAGAAAGCCUCGCGCAAACAGGGAGCCCGUUUCCUGGAGUACAGACCUGAGACCGGAUCCUGGGUGUUCGAGGUGGCCCAUUUCUCCAAAUAUGGCCUCCAGGACUCUGACGAGGAGGACGACGUCCCGCCCAAAACCGACCCCAAGAAGCUGAAGACGACGAUGCCGCUUCCUCCCUCCAGGCUGCAGCAGACGCUCCCUCCCUCCCAGCAGCAGGUGGCGCCACAGGCUCAGUCCACUGUUGUCAUGGAGCUCCCGGGCGGCGUGGCGGAGCUGGACAGCGACAUGGCCGACAUCACCCAGAGCUUCCCGACAGAGAGCAUGCUGGGAGGAGAGGAGGACGGCGACCUGCUGGGGGGCCUGAUGGACACGGCCGGCGGGAAGCUCGGAGGUUUGAUCUCCGCAGAGCACGACGGCGUCUCGGCGUCCAGCCACAUGGCGUCCUCUCUGGGCAUCAACCCUCACACCCUGCAGAUCAUGAAGGCGUCUCUGUUUGCUGAGGACGAGGAGGAGAGCGACAUGUUCCAGGACCCGGGAGCGACGAAGGGGCCCGCUAACGUCUCGUCCCCUCGCAUCGUGGUGCCGGGAGCUCAGAGCCGACACUCCGUUGGGGGCCUCCUUCAGGCUCGCUUUACCUCCGGCUUCCUCGCUCAGCUGUCAGAUUCUCCCCGCCCUCCUCUUCAUCAUCCUCCUCCUCUGUCCCGGGCGUCUCCAGCAGCCGUCGAACCCUCUCGGCCCUUACACUGGGCGGGGCCGGGCCCCUCGUCCUUCCUGCUGCCGCACCAAACUCCAGAGCCUUCCGUCAGGACGGUCGGCGUCCGACGGCUGGGCGGCCCCGUCCCCCUCAAAGAGUCGGUCACUCAGGGGAAGGGGAGUCUGUUGAUGGACGCCGGCCUGUUUGCGGGUCGUUCGUUUCGGGUGGGGUGGGGUCCCGGCUGGACGCUGGCGCACUGCGGCCACCGGCUGAGCUCGCCGUCGGCCAAACGGCUGGACCACCAAGAACUGAUCACCAAAACAGACUUCAGCUUCCUGCCAAAACCUGCCAGGAGCAAACCGCUGAUCGAAAGCCCCUAUAAGGUGGUGUUGGAGCAGCUGGUGGGUCCGGAGCCUCCAGCAGUGAAGGCCAGUGAGGAGGAGGAGGAUGAGGAGAGCCAGGCGGUGCUGCAGCGCCCCCUGGAGAUCUGUCUGAAGCACAGCACAGUCGACACCACAGACGCCUCCGCCUGCCCUCUGGUCCGCCCGCAGCCCGGCGUGGCGGCGCUGCACGAGUACGCCGAGUGGAUCACGGAGCUGAACCGCAAGCAGGGAGACGCGGACCCCCUCCUGGCUUCCUGGGCCGAGGUCUGGACCCUGUGUGAGGCCUUGUGGGGCCGUCUGGGCCCCGCGGACGAAGAGCCAGACGUCGAGGCGCGCGGCGAGUAUGAGCAGCAGCUGGAGAGGAGGCGGACCUUCUCGGCCUGGCUGGCCCGCGGAGCCACCGGCAGGGUGGAGGAGGAGGCGGCGCUGGCGGGGAAGGGUCGCCACACGGAGGCCGUCUUCAGCUACCUGACGGGCAACCGCAUCAGUGAGGCGUGUCGCCUCGCGCAGAAGGAAGGAGACCACCGGCUGUCCCUGCUGCUGUCUCAGGCCACGGGCUCUCAGUACUGCCGGGACCUGCUGGCCCUUCAGCUGGCCGACUGGAGCCGCAUGCAGACCGACAGCUACCUGCCUGAGGAACGACUGCGCAUCUUCACGCUGCUCGCCGGGAAACCGCUGUGGCAGUCGUCUGAGUCGGUGGUGAACGUGUGCUCUCAGUUGGACUGGAAGCGCUGCGUGGCCGUCCACCUCUGGUACAUGCUGCCUCCGACCGCCUCCGUGGCCGACGCCCUCGCCAAAUAUGAAGCCGCCUUCCAGGGCUCGUGUGAGGGGGGGAAGUACGCCUGCCCUCCCCUGCCUCCGUACCUGGAGGAGGAGCAGCCGGGAAUGGAUGAUGAUGAGGAGGAGGAGGAGUCAAAGCGGCCGCUGCACGACCUCUGCUUCCACCUGCUCAAGCUCUACAGCGACAGACACUACAGCCUGCAGCAGCUGUUGGACCCUCUGACUGUCACCUGGGAGCGUCUGGAUUACCGUCUGAGCUGGCACCUGUGGGGCGUCCUGCAGGCGCUGCACUACAGCCACCUGAGCGCCUCGCGGCAGGGACUCCUCCACGCCAGCUACGCCGCACAGCUGGAGAGCGCCGGCCUCUGGCACAUGGCCGUCUUCAUCCUGCUGCACAUCCCCGACCACACUGAGCGGGAGCGAGCGGUGCGGGAGAUGCUGACCCUGCACUGCCCCCUGCAGGAGACGGACGAGUCGGUCCGGAGGGAGCGCUUCCUGACAGAGAGGCUGCUGAUCCCGGAGCGGUGGAUCCACGAGGCCAAGGCCACCCGAGCCCGCCGCGACGCCGACAGACACCAGGAAGCCCUGCACCUGUACCGUGCCGGGUACUGGAGCCAAUGUCACCGGCUGCUGAUCCAACAUCUGGCCUCAGAUUGCAUCAUCAACGACAACCACGACUACCUGCUGGAGUUCCUGGAGGGGCUGGCGGUCCCUGAACACAGCGCCACCAUCCAGGACUGGGACACUGCAGGGAGGGUUUACCUGGACUACAUCAGGGUCAUAAAGACCCUGCAGGACAUCCAGCAGAUGGAGAAUGCCGGCUACGAGCUGGAGCGUCUGUACACCGAGGUGACGUCUCUGUGCAGCAGAAUUGAGCUCCUGCCGUGCAGUACCGCCAGAGACCGGCUCGCCCAAUCAGAAAUGGCGAAGCGUGUGGCCAACAUCCUGCGUGUGGUGCUGAGCCUGCAACAGGGCGACACGGCGUCCGACUCCCUCAGCAUCCCGCUCGCCCAGCUGGCGCCGCACAUUACCCGCCUGCCAAUGCCAGAGGACUACACACUGGAGGAGCUGCGAGGACUCACGCAGUCGUACUUGCGGCAGCUCAUCGUAAGCCAAUGAGAGCAUGGGACCGGAGCGCAGGGAGGGGGCAGCUAACGACAAGUCUUUUUAGGUGUUCAAGUUCCAUCUGCUCAAACAUCACUAAACUCUGAAGCCACCUCGCAGUAAAAACUAAGUGGAGUUAAAGUUGAUCUGUCUCGUUUCUGAGAGUCUUCAGUCGAGGAGAACAGUUUGAGAACUGGAGUUUUUUUCAGUUCCACUUUGGACGCCGUCAGUUUGAGCUGCUUUCAAUUUUUCCAGAAGAAAAUGCUUCGAUAUGUCAUUCCUCAUCUGUGUGUGUGUGUGUUGCUUCAGGGCAGCAUUUUAAAAGAGAGCCAACAGACACGAAAUGACUCCUAAUCUAAACCAGCAGGCCGGCGGGCUUUAUUUAGCACAGUUAGCCAAUUAGCUAACCACGAUUCUCUCUCUGUCGGAACAGUGGACCCAAACGUGAACAGGGUCCCAAGAUUGACUGGCAGAACAAUCGACCUUUCCUCCGGUGAUGAUUGGAUUAUUUCAGCUCAAAAAGUAUUCAAAUAAAACAAGUAAAAGAAUCAGUGUUUGGUAGAACAGGUCGUGACUGAUAGACCAGUGAUGGCGGGUCGUCUCACAGGGUCACGAGCCAAAAAGGUUUUAGACCUCAGAGAGCAUUUUUUUUUUUCUGCUGCAGCUGGUUUCUGUUUGUUUCUGCUCAGCAUCAAAAUCUCUCCGCAGAGGUGUAACACGUGAUCAGAGUCCUGCGCUCAUUCAUGUCGACGUUUCGUUUCCUGCAGACUUUCAGAUCAGUUUGUGUUUAAACUGCAUCAUGUAAACAUAAUUAAUGGAUCUGCUUUCGUGGUGCAGUCCAGCUCACAAUCAACACUGCUUUUCAGUAAGUUUCUUGUGUCUGCAAAACUAAAACAGUUGAACACAUUAAACCGAGAGAUUUCAGAUUUUAUAUAUUUUAUAAUACAGAUUUAAAGUUCACUGACAAAACUCAAGGAAGUUUCAAGACACUGCGUAUAGAUUUUUGUGCAGAAAUGAACAGAAGCCACCGGAUGCCUGACAGCUUGUGUUUAUAUGUUAAAUCACCAAACACGUGACGUAUAUAUCAUUUGUCUUGUAGCUAAAACACACGGCUGUGGAUAAAAAUUACAUUCAGAGUCAUUUCCAAGUUGUCAUUGUUGGUGGUUCUUUCUCCGUGGGUUUUAAACGAGCAUGGAAGCGUAACCUUCAAACACUCGUUUGAUCUCCGACCCCGUCAGAAAGCUCCACAGCGUUGAUUAGCUCGAAUAUUUGGGUUUUAUUAUGAGUAAAUAAAAAACACCGUUUAGCUUAGCGUAGUGCGACAGUAGCACCUGUUCAUCUGUCAAUAUGUGAAUAAAGACGAUAAUCUUAAUAUUAAAGACGAGCGGUGAUGUCGUGCACACAGUUGCUUUUUUCUGUUGUUGGUUUUUUUGGAGACGACUCGACACGCAGAGUGUAAAAUGCCUAAUGGUCUAUUUUUGUAGAUUUCUUGUUUUUCUGUUUGGUUUGAAUGUGAAUCGGAAGAGUGCGUGCACGCGUAAACGACAACAAAAAAACAAGUGUUUUCUCUUAUUAGCACAUUGUUGCAGUUUGGUCGUCAGAUUUUCUAAAGUGAAGAGUUUCCCUCCAAAAGUGAGCUGCCAACCAGAGAUUUAACUGCAUGUAAUUAUAUAAAUACUGUAUAUUUUUGGAAAUUCAAACAGGGAAUAUCAGGUCAUUUUUAUCCUCCUCCUCUAAUUAUCGAUUACAUCGGAUGCAUGCAAAGUUUUUUGGAUUGAAACCCUUCACUUACGGACUGAUUGGUUGGUUGUUUUUCUUGUAGAUUAACUGUCAGCUUACAACAAUAUUUUGUUUUCUGAACAAACCAGAAGUUUUUCCUCCUGUUAAACGGUGUGUGUGUGUGUGUGUGUAGUUUAUAUGGAUGGGUACUGCUAUGUGUGUGUGUGUGUGUGUGCGUGCGUGUGUGUUUGUGUGUGCAUGUUUCCUGAUUUUUGUUGAUGACAAUUUUUAAUAAAGUCAAGUAGAAAUAAA